UGGUCCAUACACAUUACUAUGGAGUGGCUUUGGAUCGCCGUGGCAACAUGUGUGCUCAUGUCCUGCUCUGUCAAAGGCAACGACUGGUGGUUGGAGUAUGAGGAAGGGAUACGACACUACAGCAAGGAGGCUCUAAAUAAGGAGUUUCCAGAAAAAACUCGGCCUGUAAGCUUCAAACAUCCUUUGUUCCAGUGCCCAGAUAUGAGCCCUUCUCCCUCUGUCCCCUCUUCAGUUGAAUUUGUGAAAGCAGCAGAUAUCAAAGUCAUUGCCGCUUUGGGGGAUUCUCUGACAACAGCUAUUGGUGCUAAUGCCACUACUGUUCUUGGCAUCCCGAUUGAGUUUCGCCAUGUGUCAUGGAGUAUCGGAGGUUAUGGAACGUUUCAAGAUGUCAUAACUUUGGCAAAUAUUAUCAAGUUAUUUAACCCCAAUCUGCUGGGUGCUGCUCCUGGAAAGACAGUUCAUGGGAUGCAGGCUCAUAUCAGUGAAACAGGCUUUAACCUGGCUGUAACUGGACAUAACACCUUCAACCUCCCUGGCCAGACAAGACACUUGAUUGACACACUGAGAGGUUAUGAGGGUCUGAACUUCGAGGAGGACUGGAAACUUUUGACCAUUCUCAUGGGCAUGAAUGACAUCUGUGAUUAUUGCAAAGAUAAGGCUCUUUUUUCAGUGGAUAAUUUCAUUCACUACAUGGCUGUCUCUCUGGAAAUGCUCAUGAAUGAGGUUCCCCGUAUGAUCAUCAACGUGGUUCAGAUCCUACCCAUGCACACUCUUAGGGAGGUGCAGAAGCCCACCCCAGGUUGUCUCCUCCAGCGAUCUUUCUGUUCAUGCCUGAUAGAGCCAGUGGCCAAAUCUCCUGAACUACGGGAGCUAGUGGAGGUUAAUCUGGAGUUUCAGAAAAGACUGGAGGAGCUCCUGUACAGUGAUCGCUUCUUCAGGGAAGACUUUGCUGUUGUUCUCCAGCCCUUUCUGAAACAUGCAGACCCUCCCCGCCUCUCGGUAAUCUGUCUCUUUGCCAAUGCCAAAUUCAACCAAUGUGGUACAAGUGUCAGCUUUCAAGAGAUGAGUCAGUGUGAAACUUUGCACAGUGAGGACUGA